AUGUCUAUUAUAGGCGACAGUAAGAUUAAGGAUUCAGAUUUCCAUUGCGAUGAUAUGUUCUUCUCUUUUGCAAGUUUUGAAGAUGUUGAAGUAAUCGGUCAAGUUGAGAGCCUUAAAGACGUUCAAACUGUUCAAGUUAAGCAAAAAGACAGGAAAAAAGUUGAAUUUCGUCUACGUGACACCAAGGGUGAGCCUAUUGCAUGUUGUCUGUGGGGAAAAUAUGCAGAACAAAUUGAAUCUCAUGUUCAAGAAGCAAAUGACCCAAAUAUGAUUUUGGUUAUAAGAUUUGCAAAGAUCGGAUUUUAUCAAGGAGAAGUUCAAAUUACCAACGCAUUUGAUGCAUCCUUGGUUCUGAUCAAUCCGGAUUUGCCUGAAGUCAUUGACUUUCAAAAGCAUAUUGAAAGCUGCAAAAUCAUUGUUUCUAUUGAAACAAUAGAUACAGAUUGGGGCUGGUUCUAUUUUGGUCAUGACAGGUGUAACAAACGUGCCAAGCAAAUUGUUAGGGAUGAUUCAACAAAUUUGACAGUUGCAGAUAAACCUUUAUGGUAUUGUAAACGUUGCCGUUGUAAUGUCACAAAUGUGUCUCCAAAAUACAAACUGCAUAUUGUUGUGCAAGACGACUCAGGUACAUGCAAGUUAAUGUUGCUGGAUACUGAAGCUCAGGCCAUAAUCGGCUGCAAAUCUGUUGAGCUAUGGGAUGGGUCAUAUGAUGAGAUUGAAGAUCCAGAAGUUUUGCCAGGACCAAUCAAAGAAUUAGUUGGCCAAUCUUUCUGUUUUGGAGUUGCUUUGGAAAAUGAUAACGUGACCAACGGUUCUGAUAUAUUUGUGGUCUCUGAAAUCUGGUCUGGAGAUAAACUUCUCAAAGCAGAAUCACAUUCUGUUGUCAGCAGAGAAUCCUCCAUGAUCUCUGGUGGCGAGGUUUCUAAGUCGGAUCCAAACAGUCAAACAACUUUUGAAAGUUGUUCAACCCCGUUCUCCAAACGCAAAGAUGGUGAUCUACCUGACAUGUCCUCAUCGUCAAAGAAACUGUGCACCAAGAUUGUCAAGGUGGAGAAAUCGAAAAAGGAUUAG